UAUGGCCGACCGAGUCUCUGCUGUGGAAACGUGUGUUGUGUUUUAAUACGAUACAAGUGUUUGCUUUGUUUGAAACUAAAAAGAAACUUUGAUUUAUCAACAGUUAUAAUGGGACCCAAGAAAAAAAGUUCAGUUUGGCAGUUCUUUAACAAAAUUGAUGAUAAGAAAACGAAAUGCAAACUAUGUCAAAAGGAAAUUAAGUCUGCUGGAAAUACUACGAACUUAAUUGGGCACGUUCGUAAUGUUCAUAAGGCUGCUUAUCUUGAAAUUCAGCCAAAACAAAAUACAUUAAAUGCAGAAGAAAUAUCGAAUCCUCUAAAUACCAAGGUAACGCCUAACGAUAACAUUGAUGAUGGUUUACUUCAAUCUGAACCGAUUCCUAGUACAAGUGGCAGUGGCAAUAAAAGAUCCUGUGAGCCGUUACCGAAAACCGUAAAUGAAACUAUUGAUUUAGACUUAGAAGAAAACGUUACCCCUUUAAAACGCCAAAAAACAAUACAGGCCGCCUUUAAAGAUAUUUCUUCUUACUCAGAAUCUGGACAGAAGACAAGGAAACUGAACAACUGUUUAUUAUUCAUGAUUUGCAAAGACCAUCAGCCUUUCUCAAUUGUUGAAAACGAAGGCUUCAGAACUCUAAUGAAAACAGUUGCUCCUCAAUAUAAACUCCCGAGUAGAACAACUCUAAGACGCUGGCUGGACGAUAAAUAUGAAGUAAUUUCAGAGACAAUUAAAAAAAUGCUAUCCUCUAUAGAAGAUAUAACCCUAACAACGGAUAUUUGGUCGGAUACCUUAAAUAUGAAAAGUUUUUUGGGCAUCACAGCGCAUUUCGGAAUAGACAUUGAACUAUACUCAAUCACUUUAGGCGUGUACGAAUUGGAUGAAAGACAUACAUCAGAUUAUCUUUCUGAAAUUCUCUUAAAGGUAUGCCAAGACUGGAAAAUAGACCAAGAGAAUGUAACGGCUGUUGUUACUGACAACGCAGCCAAUAUAGUAAAGGCGAUCGAAUUAGCGUUCGGUAGAAGGAAACAUAUCCCAUGUUUUGCCCAUACUUUGAAUUUGGUAGCUGAAGGCACAAUGAUGUGUACUGAGUGGAGAAACAUUGUUUCUAAAGUAAAAACAAUAGUGACUUGGUUUAAACAGAGUUGCGUAGCUAGUGACGAGUUACGUAAAGCCACUGCUGCGGCUAUGGAGUCUCCUGCUGGGGUAAAAUUAAUACAAAGCGUGGAUACUCGUUGGAACAGUACAUACUAUAUGUUACAAAGAUUUCUAGAACUCCGCAGUGUCAUAAAUGAUAUUCUCUUCCGCCACCCCAGAGCACCUGCAAUGCUCAGUGCAUCGGAUAUAUCUACUGUAUCGUCUGUCAUCGUGGUGUUGCGACCCUUGGAAGCGGCUACAAAAGAAAUUUCGGGUGAUAAAUACUGCACAAGUAGUAAAAUUAUUCCCUUAGUUCGUUGCAUGCUCUCUAAAAUAACUUCAGCUGUUAUAGAAGAUCCCGUAGCGAAGGAGGUGCAAAAACUUGCUAUUAAUGAAAUAAAUAAAAGAAUGGGUUCUAUAGAACAUGUGAGUGCUCUUGCUAUCGCAAGUAUUCUAGAUCCACGGUUCAAAAGAAUACAUUUCAAUGAUGCAAUAGCUUGUUCGAAUGCUGUUUCGAAAAUUAAGGAUAUAAUGAAGAAGAAUUUGCAAAGCAAUGAAGAACCUGAGUCAGAUUCUGAUAAAUCUGAUAAAAAUGAAGAGGUCUUUUCAUUAUGGACUGAUCACCAUAAGUUAGUGCAUCGUAACUGGAAAAUUAACAAAUCUGAAGAUGUUUUGUCUGACGAACUUUCAGUUUAUCUCAGAAGUCCUGUUGGAAGACUGAACGAAAAUCCGUUAGAAAUCUGGAGGGAUUAUAAAAUACAAUUCCCGAAGCUGUACAAAAUAGCUUUCAAGUAUUUGACAAUAGUUGGCACGUCAGUACCUUCAGAAAGACUUUUUUCACAGGCAGGGCUAGUUUUGACUGAACGAAGGAACCGAUUGAAGGGGAAAAGAUUAAGUAAACUUUUAUUUUUACAUAGCAUUGAAGGUAAAAAUCAGCCGAAAGAAACACAAUCUAAAGCCAUGGAUCACACCCGGCCUCAUGCGCUGUAUGCGGCACAGAGACCUUCUGCACCUAAAGGUGUGAUCGCGAGGAUGGCUGGGGUGGAGCAGCUAUACUAA